GCGCUUUAGAAGACAUUGAACACAGAAGGGUUGAGUCAGACCCGACCACGAAGGACAUGGAGAUGGAAGCUAUGGCCUCGGCGAUCGGGGUUUCCGUCCCCGUUCUCCGAUUUUUGUUGUGUUUUGUGGUCACGAUUCCGGUCAGCUUCCUCUGGAGAUUCAUCCCCGGUGGACCAACCGCCAAACACCUCUACGCCGCCACGUCCGGCGCAAUCCUCUCCUACCUCUCCUUCGGAUUUUCCUCCAACCUCCACUUCUUGGUCCCCAUGUUCCUAGGCUACGCUUCCAUGGUCCUCUAUCGUCGCCGAUGCGGCCUCAUCACCUUCUUCCUCGGAUUCGGUUACCUCAUUGGCUGCCAUGUAUACUACAUGAGUGGGGAUGCAUGGAAGGAAGGAGGUAUCGAUGCUACUGGUGCCUUAAUGGUGUUAACACUGAAAGUCAUUUCUUGUGCAAUAAAUUAUAAUGAUGGAUUAUUAAAGGAGGAAGGUCUGCGUGAGGCACAAAAGAAAAAUCGGUUGCUCAAUUUGCCUUCAUUAGUUGAAUACUUUGGUUACUGCCUCUGCUGUGGAAGUCACUUUGCGGGGCCAGUUUAUGAAAUGAAAGAUUAUCUUGAGUGGACAAAAAGGAAGGGGAUUUGGAUGCAUCCCGAGAAGGAACAACCACCAUCACCUUAUGGGGCAACAAUCAGAGCUCUCGUCCAAGCUGCUUUUUGUAUGGGCUUGUACUUGUACCUGGUCCCCCAUUAUCCGCUGUCCCGAUUUACUGAUCCCAUGUACCAAGAGUGGGGGUUCUGGAAGCGAUUGCAAUACCAGUACAUGUCUGGCUUUACAGCCCGCUGGAAGUAUUAUUUCAUCUGGUCAAUCUCAGAAGCUUCUAUCAUUAUUUCUGGCCUGGGUUUCAGUGGCUGGACAGAUUCUUCUCCACCGAAACCACAAUGGGACCGUGCAAAAAAUGUUGAUAUUUUGGGCGUUGAACUCGCAAAGAGUGCGGUUCAGAUUCCACUUGUAUGGAACAUACAAGUCAGUACCUGGCUACGUCAUUAUGUUUACGAGAGGCUCAUUCAGAAUGGGAAGAAACCUGGUUUCUUCCAGUUGCUGGCUACACAGACUGUCAGUGCUAUUUGGCAUGGAUUAUAUCCUGGGUACAUCAUAUUCUUUGUGCAGUCAGCAUUGAUGAUUGCAGGUUCAAGAGUUAUUUACAGAUGGCAACAAGCUAUUCCUACAAAUAUGGCUCUGAUUAAGAAGGCAUUAGUAUUUAUGAACAUUUCUUACACAAUUUUGGUGUUGAACUACUCUUGUGUUGGUUUUAUGGUAUUAAGCCUACAUGAAACAAUUACUGCAUAUGGGAGUGUAUAUUUCAUUGGGACCAUUCUUCCCAUAGUAAUCAUCCUCCUCGGUAAAGUAAUUAAACCCGCAAGGCCUGCCAGGUCUAAAGCUGUUAAAGAGCAAUGAGGAACGGAAACCAGAGACUCGAAGAUUGUAGGACCCUCAUUGUUGGUUUGUGGUUUUAUGUUGGUUUGCAUCUUGAGGUAUGUCGAGUCGUUUCAUUGUGGCCAAUUUGGCCGAGGAAAUGGCUGUAGGCAUGGAAUCUGGACCACUCCACCAAGUGAUGAACUGGCCUUAACCCCACCUCUUGAUAAUAAUUCAAGAGUUUUGGAUUAUACAUAUGUAGGAUAAUGCUGAAAAAUCCCGAACAGUUUUUUCUGUUUCGAUAAUGUAAGAGAUGCCUGAGGGUGGUGCAAUCUCAUGGUUAGAGCUAUCAAGGUGGUAGUUCAAUUUGUAUUCACUGGUAAACAUUCGCACUCUCCAUUAUUGCUCGUGCUUACAACAGCGCGAAUGAAUUAUGUGAUAUCGACAGGGUUUUUUAUAGUUUGCAUAAGAUUGGGUUCUUUAACAAAGAGUUCACUUGUGAUGUUUGUUUGAACAAAAGUGACAGCAGUGUCCCUCUAAAAUGAGCACCAAC